CCACUUUUCUGCAAGGACGCAUGGAUGCUCUCCAUAUAGGCGCACAGAGAGUCAUGUGAACGCGCGCAGAAGAGGCUCAAUGGAGUCGUCAACGACUGAAACUCUUCCUUCCUUCAUUGUUCUCCGAAGACGACAACGCAACAAGGCACCUACUUAGCGUGGCCGUAAGUAUAUCAGACAAGGCUCGCUGUCCCUCUCGCGUUCAGGCUUCCAAACGCUCCUCCCUGAAGCGUUUCUAAGCGCAUGAAGAGGAACAAGCGUAACAAGCGUAACAGCAGUUUGCAGCCCACCGGGAUGAUUUCGAGACGGAGCCCCUCGCUCCGGCUGCAGCGGUGGUGGCAGCUACUGCUGUUGUGCAUGGUGUGGUGCAACUCAAGGCACUCGGAGGCUGCAGGGAUUGGUGUGAAUUGGGGGACAAUGGCAUCUCACAGGCUUCCCAACAAAACCGUUGUCCAGAUGCUUCGAGCGAAUGGGAUCUCCAAGGUGAAGCUGUUUGAUGCAGAUCCUGGAGUGAUGGAGUCGCUUCGGGGAACAGAUAUGGAGCUGAUGAUAGCAAUUCCAAACGAGAUGCUGGAGCUGGUUGCUACACUUCCUGCAGCGGCUCGGAACUGGGUGCGUAAAAAUGUCACUCGAUACAGGACAGCGAAGAAUGGGGUCAAGAUAAAAUACGUGGCCGUAGGAAACGAACCAUUUCUCAAGGCGUACAAUGGAAGCUAUGACAACUUGGCGUACCCGGCACUGAAAAACGUCCAGGAUGCCCUGGUAAGUGCAGGACUGGGUGAGAGCAUCAAGGCCACUAUACCGUUGAACGGGGACGUUCUUAGCAAUGGCGACUCGACAUUACCUUCAGGAGGGAUUUUCCGUCCAGACAUAGCACCACAGGUCCUCAAAGUUGUGGAAGCCUUGGGCGAGCACAACGCGCCCUUCGUUAUCAACGUCUAUCCGUUCCUCAGCCUCCAGCAAGACCCACACUUUCCAAGGGACUUCGCUUUCUUCGACGGCACUGACUUCCCGCUAGUGGAUGGCAACCUCAGCUACACCAACGUUUUCGACGCGAGCUAUGAUCUGCUGGUGGCAGCUCUCACGAAAGCCGGCUAUUCCAACAUGACGAUCAUCAUCGGAGAGAUCGGGUGGCCGACCGACGGGGACAUAAACGCCAACGUCGCCAACGCUGUCAGAUUCAACCAGGCUUUCAUCCGUCACGUCCUACAGUCCGGCACGCCGCUGAGGAGGCCUCCGCUCGAGGCCUACCUCUUCAGCCUUCUCGACGAGGAUCAAAAGACCAUCUUGCCAGGAAACUUUGAGAGGCACUGGGGGAUCUUCGGCUACGAUGGCAAGGCCAAGUACAGGCUAGAUCUUCAAGGCAGUGGAAACGUGACGGCCAACUUGGUGAACGCGAGCAGUGUCAAGUAUCUUCCCCGGCAGUGGUGCGUGCUGGAUCCGAGCGGUGAUAUCGCCAGACUGGGGAACAACAUGGACUAUGCGUGCUCUCACUCGGAUUGCACGUCGAUCGUCCCCGGCAGCUCGUGUGAUGGGAUGGGUAGUGACGCGAAAGCUUCGUAUGCUUUCAACAGUUACUAUCAGCUCUACGAUCAACUCAACACGAGCUGCUACUUCGAUGGCUUGGCGACGAUCACCAAGACCAGCCCCUCGUCCGGGACGUGCCAGUUUAAGAUCCAGAUCGCCACCACAAAUUCAUCGUCGACCUCGCCUCGCUCGCCUGGUUCUAGCGGUGGUGAUAGCAACAGCAACAGCACCAGCAGUGAGAGCUCCGGUGGAUCACGAAGAAAUGGUUGCUACUCGAUCAGAGAUUUGCUGGUUGCGGCGAGCGCGAUUCUCAUCGCCCUCUGGAAGCUGGAAAGAUUUUGAUGUUUGAGCGAUCGCGAGAGGAGAGGGGAUGGAAGUGAUCGAUUUUCAAGGAAGCGAUGUAAGUAUUUGCGAGGAAAAGAGAGGAAAGAUUAAAGCUACUGCUGUGA